AUACUUUUUUUGAUAUAAAUGUGAUUAUAUUACUAGUUAUUUAGAUAAGUAUCAUUAUUUGAUAUUUGUGAACAGUUACUUUCUGAGAAACCUAAAAUAAGGAUUGAUGGCUUGCGUAAUUUAAAAUUUAUAUUGAAUAAUUGUAGAAAAAUGCAAUUUGUUGGAGAAAAAUGUUACCAAAGAUUAUUGGAAUGCUUAAUUAAGGCAGCUGCUUACGAAAAACAUAAUAGCAUCCAGAGAGGGAAAUUAAAUAAUUCUAUGACAUUUGCUCGUCUUCAGGAAUACGGGGUAGUUUUAAGAUCUGUUAUUGAAUUGGGAAAUAAAUUUUUGAAAGUAAAGACUUUUUCUCUUGUAUUAAAUCAUAUAAUUGAUACAUUAUCUAUUGCUGAAGAGACUUUAUAUCAAACAUUAAGUAUCGACUAUAUUAAAUGUCUAAAAUUAAUUCUUUCUUAUCCUCCACAUGUAGAGCAUCUAAGUGUCAGCGAAUGGGAGAAAUUAAUUGUAUUUUGUUCCUCAUUUAUUAUUAAUCUUGAAGAUAGUUUUUCAUUUUCUGAUAAAAAUGCUUUGUCUAGUGAUAUUGAGUUACUGGAAGAAUACGAUCAGCCUUUAAAACAUGUACAGCGUAUGAAGCAUGAGAGUAUUGAGUUGAUGUAUUGUUUACAAGUUCUCGUUAGUUGGUCUUCCGCCCCAAUAAGUGAUUGUUUGUUUAAUCUCGUGGACUUUUUAUUAAAUUUUUUAUCUUUUUAUAGAUCAGAAACUAAUGCUCACUUAUUUGCCUUUACUGCUCUUAAUUCAAUUAUUCAAAAAAUAAUGAUAAAUAAUUUUGAGUUUUUGUUUCGAGUUGCUCAUGCUAUUAUAAAGCUUUGUGUAAAACUUUGGAAUACAAAGUCUUUCCUUUUAAAGAAUCAGUUGAUUAUAGGACUUAUGCUGGCAUAUCCUCAUUGGUAUAAAGGAUUUAAUGAAUCAUAUCGAAAUGUUUUAGAGACAGAUUUAAUUAAUUUAUUUCAUUGUAUUCAAGCUGAUUAUAUUACUUUACAGGAUAAAGAAAUGUUGAGUAUAAAUGACAUUACUCUUCAUUCUCCUAUUUUAAAGGCAAAUGUUGGAUCUUUUCUUUGUUUUAGUUCUUCAUUACGUUGUUUAGAUUUAUCUUUGGCUUCAAAGAAAUCUGAACAAUAUUUUUUUAUUCUUCAAAUAGCUGCUUCUAUAAUUCAGAUAUUUGAGUCUAAGGAAUCUGAUUUUUUAAAAUAUAUACGUAGAAAUGAUAAUGAUGAAUCUUUAAAAGUACAUCAAGUUUUAUCUUUUUUUGAGAAAUUCGGAUAUAAUGUAUGCAAAUCAUCUAAUUCUAUUAAAAUAUUUUGGCUUCAAAUAAUGGUUUUUUUUUUUGAAAGAGCUGAGGUUUGUUUUUGUGAUGAUUUUUCUACUAUUUUAUGUCAUUUUAUACAUUUGCUCUCGGAUAAUGAUGUUAUUGUGCAAACGUGGGCACUUUUGGGUAUUGGUAGCUUUGUAUCAUGGAAAAAAUCUUACCAUCAUGCAAAUUGUUUAAUCUCAGAUGUUUUAGUAAAUACGGAUAUUUUACAAUUAUGUUUACGGAAGUCUGCUAUUCCCAUUACAUGCAGAUCAGCAUGUCAUUUACUUUCUCUUUUUUUGGAGCUUGAUUUGGUAGAUAUUGCAACGAUGUUACCUGUUUUUCGACAUGUCUUCGAUUCUAUUGAGAUAAAUGGCCCUGCGAUUAUUUCUAGUGAUAGCUAUCGUUUUCUUCUUCUUCUUCUUUUUCGUUUAGAACAAAACAAUUGCUUAGCUGGAAUUGAUGGAUCUAUGCGUUUAUUACAAUGGUUUUUAUCGCGCUGGAAUUCUUUGGACUUUUUAAAAGGAUCAAAUAUAUGUUAUUUUUCUAACUUUCCAGUACAUGUUGAAUUUCUUAUCAGUUGCUGUUUGAAUUCUGGAUUUGUCAUUAAGGAUAGGCGGAAUUGUCAACUCAGUAGUAUUGGAUUGUUUUCUUUGAGGCAAAAAUUUUUUAAAAAUGUUUUAUUAUAUUUUCUUAUACAAGAAUUAAAUAUUUCUGAUGAAGAUUUAUAUGACGAGUUUGAAGUUUUAAGAAAUAAAAUUGUUUUGGAAAGUAAGUUUAUUGUUUUGGAAAGGGUUAUGUCUAUUAUUUUACCUAUUCAGAAUACAAUUAAAAUUGUUCAUAGUCAAUGGACUGAAUUGCUUAAAGAGUCUACUCAUGUUAAUGUAGAUGUUUUCCGAUCUUUUGUUCAAUUUUCUUUUAUUGUUAUUUUAUUUACAUAUUUUAUACUCAGUAUCAAUAAAAACAUGGAUGAAUUUACUGAAAUUUCAUUGAAUUUGGUAAAAGAAAUAAUAAAGUUUUUGGCUUCUGAGAGUUGUUCACGUGAUCAAAUCGAUAUUGUACUUUACUGUUUGAAUGGAAUUUUUUGUUUAAACUUUCAAGUUUCUUUUGCAGAAGAUAGUUCUUGUUUUAAUAAGACAUCUUUAAAUUUAUUUCGUCAGGCAAUUUAUGCUUUAUUACAAAUAUUAAAACAGCGUAGUAGUUUUUUUCAACUGCAAGAUUCUACUCGUGUAAUAAUGGAUGAUGAUGAUGAUGAUGAUGAUGAUGAUGAUGAUGAUGAUGAUGAUGAUGAUAAUAGAUCAUUAAUAAUUUAUCAAGAAAAUAUAGAAAAAUACAUUCCAUUUCUAAGAGAUUACAUAGAUGCGAAGUAUUCUGUUAAUAGUACGAAAGCCUUUGUUUUAUUACACUUAGAGUUCGUUUUAUUAGGUAGUGAAUCAUUAGAUAUUUUCAAUAUGUCAGGAUUUUAUUUACAAAAAUCUGUUUUAUUUAUUCUUUUCAAGAAUCAGACUGGUAAUAAUCUUAUCCAACUUGGGUUCUUUUUAAUAAGUUAUCUUUUAUCUUCAGUUGACAAGAUGACUGAAGAGGAUAUAUCUGAGAUUUUGGAAAAUUUUGCAAAAACCUAUUUAACACAAUAUGAAUUUGAAAGAUCUGACGUUGUCUUGAUGGUUUCAACUGAUUUACUUAUGGUUAUAGUUAAAAAAUGGUCUACUAGUGAAGAGUUAUCUUCACUAAGAAAAGUUUUCGGAAAAAUUCUUGAAUGGAUAUUGAAAAUUACUUUAGAAAACUGCCUAGCAUCUUUUUAUGCACGUAUACAGGUGUUAAAGUUGUUAAAUUCUAUUUAUAAUGUUAGUAAAAAUUACGGCUUAAGUUUAAAAUCAUUAAAUAUAGCACCCAAUGAAAUAUUUUUGCAAUUAUUAAAGGAUCACGACCUAGGAAUUUUGUAUUCAGCAGUUAUGAUGAUUAAAUUUAUUUUUCAGGAAUAUGAUCCUAUAGAACAUUCAAGAGUUUACUUCGAUAUUGUCAGUCAAUUAGAAACAAACGAGGAAAAAUUUGAAAAGAUCGCUUUACGGGCUCUUAUUUUAAGUAAUAUCUUAGUUGUUUCUGAAUAUGUGAGGAAAGCUGCUUUUUAUAAUUUAAUAGAAUUAGGUAAACUUGAUUCCAUUUCUCUCUUUGUUUUAAAGUGUUUACAAUGGUCAUGUAAAAUAUUAUCUUUGAAAUCCGAGUCAUAUCUUUUUAAUGCUUAUCGUUCUCAAGUUAUUUGGUCGUGGCUGAAUUUUGAAGGAAAUUUGGAUAAUUUUCCUUUUAAAGUAUUAAAUUUUUCGUCUAAUAUUAGUUUUUAUUCUUCGAAUUUUGAUGAAAUAAUUCCUCAGCUUAUUUUAUUUGGAAAAAAUGAGUAUUUGGUUAAGAUAUCUAAUUUAAUUCAAGUAUCUUUAAAAAAAGGUAUUCGAGAUGCUUUUCAUAAAAUAGUUGGAUAUGUUUUGUUAUUUUAUAAUGAGAAAAAUAUGGAUUCGAGAUUAAUAUUUGAUUCUUUUUGUAAGAAUUAUUUGGAUGAUGAGGAGUUUAUGUAUCUUUUAAAAUCUAAAUUUCCUAUGAUACUUAGUGUAUUAUUUGGAUCUAUGAAAGAUGAAAUGUUUAUAUCGAGAAUUUUUUGUCAGUUUGAUUUGAAAAACGAAGCAAUUAAUUUUGAUGAAAUAUGUGAUUUUGGAAUUUCCGAUAAUUUUUUUCCUGAACCAUGUCGUCCAUUUUACAAGGUUGGAUGUAUUUUAAAAAGCAUAUGGGAUCUUUGCAAAUAUAGCGACAUACCGAAGUAUAAACUAAAUGAUGUUUAUAUAAUAGCUUAUAUUUUUCGAUAUUUAAUGUUACAUUGUCAAUUAGGAACUUCUUUAAGUGAAAAAUGUUUACAAUUGCGAAAGUUUAGAGUCUUUAUGUGUUUAUUAGAUAGGAGUUUAAUUCAUGGCUAUAUUUUGAAAGUGUUGCUUCAGGGGUUGCUGGAAUAUUUAUGUUUUCCUGAAUGUUUUAUAGAUGUUUCGGGAAUGCUUCGAUAUCUUUUAAUGUGUGGAUACCGUUGUCAUGAUUUUUCUACAAUUCAGUCUACUGUUUUUUUAAAUGUUAUUAUGAGUCUUAUCAGAUAUGGGAUUAUUAAUAUUAAAUCGGAUUAUUUUAAUAGUAUAAUAAUAAAUAGGCUUUUUGUAUGGAUUAUUGAAUAUUGUGAUUUAAUUGCUAAAGUACAGGAAUUGUCUUGUAUUUCUUCUUUUUUGAAGUCUUAUUAUAAAGUUAUGAUUUGUUCUGAAGAGUUUUUAUCUGUUAAAUCACAGCAUAUUAUGGCUUUUUCUGAGUUAUUGUUAAAUAAUGUAGAGUUUUUUGAUCAAAAUUCUGCUCUAAUUUUAUUGGAAGUUUUGCAAAAAGAUUCAACAGUUUUAUUAUUUGAAAGUGAUAAAUCUAUAUUGAUUAAAAAAAUAUUAUUUUCUAUUUGCGAUAUGUCAAAAAUAUCUUUAUCUCUUUUAUAUUAUGGUGCACGAGUUUUAGGACAAUGGUAUGUCAGAAAUAAAAUCAUAAAUAAAGCAAUUUAUUUUGAAUUCAUAAACAGAGAGAAGUUGUCUAGGUUUAAAGUAAGAACAUCUAAAGAUCCUAGAUUUAAUAUUUUAUCGAUUGUGUUUUCUCUUUUGAAUAAAGACGACCAUACUAUUUUGAUAACUGUAGAAAAGACGUUAAGGAAUAUUUUUGAGAAAAUAUCUUUAGAAGCGUUAGAUGAACUUGUAGAUCAUAAAUAUAGAGACAUCGCUACUAUAUAUAUAUCUAAUCUGUUUGUAUCUGAGAAAAAUCAAUCAUUGAAGUAUUCUUUGGUGGAAUUUAAUGAAUAUUAUUGGAAAGAUAGGACUAUAUUGUUUUCCGAUUGGCUUAAAUUUUUACUUUUGACUGUUCUUUAUAAUUUUAAUGAUGAUUUUGUAUUUGGAUGUUUGGGUGAACUUGUCGAACAUGUUGCAGGUUUUCCAGAAAAAAUCUUUAUUUUUUCAGUGGAUUAUUUACUACUCAACAAAGAUAUUGGAGAAAAUAUUAGCAUUAUAACAGUUUUAAAUAAGAUUGUGAAUUUUGUUUUUUCUCAAUAUGAAGAUGCUUUUUAUCAUCCUCAUAUAUGCUUAAUGAUAGAAACAAUACUUUAUCUUCGGUCUCAGUCAUCCGAAAUACAUUAUUCUGGAUUUGAUUUGAAUUUUCGGCUUGAAAUAAAUUAUUUCAAUGCUGCUCUUGCUGCCGCUUCGUGCCAGCUUUGGGAAACAUCACUAUUGUUUAUAUAUAUUUAUUGGACAGCAAAUGAUUCUAUUAUUGAUGAUGAGAUGCUUAAACUUCUUUCUGUUGUAUAUAAAAAAAUAGAUGAUCCCGAUUCAUUUUAUGGGAUACCAUAUACCGUAUCCUUAGAGAACAUACUUUCUAGACAUAAAUUUGAUAGAAAUGGAUGGGAGAGUCUUUUUUUACAUGGUGCUGCGUUGGAAAAUGAUUAUAGGAUGUCAUCUUCAAUGACUAAGAAUGAGAAUGUACUUGGAGUAAUGGAAGCUUUUGAUAUGUUGGGUUUUAGAUCAUUUUCGAGAAUGAAUUUUUUUUAUUUUGGGAAUAAUAUAACUGUUGAUUUUCUAAAGGAUCAAUAUUCUUCUUCAUGGAGACUUGAACAAUGGGAUCUUCCAUGUACACCAUUGAGUUCUAAUUUUGAUCAUGUUAUAUAUAACAUUUUGCAGUUAAUUAAUAAGAAUGUGGAACAAAAUAUCUUUUUCAAUAUUUUAGAUAUUGGGUAUUCUAUGAUGGUAGAUUUUGAGAAUUAUCCGGUUCUAUCUGACAAAAGAAUAACUGGUUUGAUAAUGCUUACAGAAAUUGAAGAGAUUUUUUCGUGUUCAUCCUUUACUGAUGUUUGGUCUCGUUGGGAAUCUCGGUUAUCUGUUUCCAAUCCCAGCAUAAAAUUUGUUAGUAUCGAACCUAUUUUAUCUUUAAGACAAGUAUUACUGAGCUCUAUUUUGAAGAAUUCAUCAUUUAUAAAAUAUUCUGUUGAUAAGCCAUUAAUUCGAAAUUGUUUAAUAAAAACUCUUGUAGAAUUAUCUCAUGUGGCUCGUAUUAAUGAUAAUUUACAAAUUGCGUUUUCAGCAAUUACAUAUGCAGAAAAGCUUUUAAAACUUGAUUUAAAAGUGAAUUCUGAGCUUUUUUCUCCUGUUAUAAUUGAAAUAUCAAGGGUAUUAUGGGAUCAAGGCGAUAAGAUUAAUUCUGUUAAACUAUUACGUGAAAUAGUUAGUGAUAAGGAUAUUGAUCUUUUUAGAGAACAUGAAAUUUCUCCAGAGUUGCUUGUGCAGCUAGGUUCAUGGACAUCAGUUUUAAGAUUAGAAAGAUCGGAUUUUAUUAUGGAAAAAUAUUUGAAAUAUGCAGUUAAGUUGUUGGGUGAUAAAAAGUAUGGUAAUGAGGCUGGAUAUGUAUUUCACGAGUUUGGUUUUUUUUGUGAUAAGCAGCUUGAAUUACUUAAUAAUCAUGACGAUUUUAAGAGGAUUCAAAAAUUGAGGAAACAAAAAUUUGAUGAACUUGCAGUAUUGGAUCAGAUGAUUUGUGAUGCUUCUGUUUAUGACAAAAAGGUUUUGCUUCUUCAUCGAGAUAGAGCAAAGGCGCUUUUUGAUAAUGAUGAUAUAGAAUUUAAUCGUUUGAUCGAAAAUAAAGAAAUUUAUUUACGGAAGAGUAUUAAAAAUUAUUUAAAAAGUUUAAUUUCUUGCGACAAUUAUGAUUAUAAUAUUUCUAGAUGUAUGAGUUUAUGGUUAUCGAACAUUGAAAAUGAUGCCGUUAAUCAAACAGUGCGUAAAUUGAUUUAUAAUAUAGCCACUCACAAAUUUUUGCGAUUAUUUACUCAGCUUGCAUCCAGGCUUUCUGAAAAUAAGAGUCAUUUUCAACUUAUUUUGCAUGAACUAAUAAAACAUAUAUGCGUUGAUCAUCCUUAUCAUAGUUUGUUUUAUUUAGUUUCGUUAAGACAUACAGUUAAUAAAGAUGAUAAAUUAGGACUUCUAAGAAAAAAGGCUGUUGAGGCUGUUUUAUCUGAGCUUUUAUUACCUAGUGCUUUAGGAGAUAUGCUUAGACAGUUUAUGAAUCUUUGCUCUGCGUAUGCUGAUUUUGCUAUUUAUAAAAUGAAAAAAAAGGAAUAUGGAACAAGUAAAAUUCCUUUUUCUGUAUAUCCUAAGUUUAAUGUAUUUUUGGAUGAUAUUCCAAAAUACAGGCUUCCUCCUCCAACAAUGGAUAUAUCAAUCCGUAGUGACUGUAAUUAUAAUGAUGUUCCUGUUAUUUCACAUUAUUCUCCUUAUUUUAUGCUUGCUUCAGGUAUUAGUUUACCAAAAGUUAUAGAAUGUGUGAGCUCUGAUGGGAAUUUUUAUAAAGAAUUAGUUAAGGGAGGAAAUGAUGACCUUCGUCAGGAUGCUAUUAUGGAACAGGUUUUUCAACAAGUUCAUGCUUUUCUUCAAAAGAAUCGUUUAACUAGACAGAGGAAUUUGGGUAUACGUACAUAUAAAGUUCUUCCACUUACAACAAAUGCUGGCAUUCUUGAAUGGGUUUUAUAUACGUUUCCUAUUCAAGAUUAUUUACAUCCUGCUCAUGAAAAAUAUAAUCCAAAAGAUUGGACUCCUGACCAAUGUAGGAAGGCAAUAGAUUGUGUUUCGAAAAAAAGUAAGGAAAUUAGAUUUCAGAUAUAUAAUAGAGUUGUUUCUCAUUUUAAACCUGUUAUGAGGCAUUUUUUUAUGGAUCAUUAUUCAGAUCCUAAAGACUGGUUUCAAAAGCAAUUAAAUUAUACAAGAAGUACUGCUGUUAUUUCGAUACUUGGUUAUGUAUUAGGUCUUGGUGACAGACAUGGGCAUAAUAUAUUAAUAGAUAAGACAAGCGGAGAAGUCGUUCAUAUAGAUUUAGGUGUUGCUUUUGAUCAGGGCAAACUUUUGCCAAUUCCAGAAACUGUGCCGUUUCGUUUAACAAGAGAUAUUGUAGAUGGCAUGGGUAUUAUACGAACAGAAGGCGUUUUUCGAAGAUGUUGUGAAUUCACGUUAAAUGUGCUUCGUGAAGAAGCAUUUAAUAUUAUUAGUAUAUUGGAAACUUUAAAAUAUGAUUCAUUGUACAGUUGGACAAUAUCUCCUUUAAGAAUUAAAAAAAUACAGGAAAAUGAAACAUUACUUAAUAAUAUUGAUAAUGAUUUUAAUAAUCUAAAAGAGAAUAGCAUUGAUGGAACUGAAGCAGAAAGAGCAUUAUUAAUAGUAUCUCAGAAAUUAUCGAAGACAUUGAGCGUUGAGGCUGCAGUAAAUGAACUAAUACAUGAAGCUACAAAUCCAAAUAAUCUUGCAUUACUGUUUUGUGGAUGGGCAGCAUACUUCUAAAUAGUGGAUAUAUCUUUAUUAACAAAAAAUUAUAAAGCUUAAAUA